AUGAGCAGUGGUGACCCUAAGAUUAUUCAUAGAGAUGUGAAGGCUACAAAUAUCUGGCUUGAUGACAAUUGUGAGAAGAUAGUUAGAAAUUUUGGGUUGGUAAAGCUGCUGGAUCACAAGAUGAUAACUAAUGUUGAUAACAAUGAGUCAAAAUUCUGGCCUGACUCUGUUGUUAAGGCUUUCAUUGAUAUCAUGGUUGAUGAAACCACAAAAGGAAACAUGUCAAAUGAAACCAAUACUAUCACUGUAAGUGAAGAAGUAUGGAAAAAUUAUCUACGGGUACAUGAUAAAGCUGCUCAAUUUCAAAAGAAAAGAUACGACCAUUAUAAGUUAUUGGGAAUGAUAUUCAAUAGAAGUACUGCAACUGGAGUACUUCAUCAUUCAUCUACCCAAGAUCCACCAAAUACAGACGAAAAAAAUAAGCUUGAAAGUCAAUACCUUAAUAGUGGGAGUUAUUUAAAUGUUGAUAACAAUAGAUCGGAUGAUAACACAGAAGAAGUGGAGCGCAUCUCAUGUAGUGGAAAACGCAAAAUUCAAGUAAAAGAGCACAAGUCUAGGAGAGAGUCUAGGACAUUACAAAUGGGAGAGGCUCUUACAGCAUGGGUUGAAGCAUCUAAGGCAAAAGUUGAGAAGUAUAAGAUUAGAAGUAUGAAGGCUACUUCUUCACUUGUUACACCAGAUUAUUCUAUUACUAAGUGUACGACUGCCCUCGAAGAGAUUGAAGGCAUACCAGAUGACAUUUAUGUAAAAGCUUUAGAAAAAAUUAGGAAGCCUGAUUAG